AUGCGAUGCCUGCUGCCCGAUUGCUCCAGUGGCACACUAGACGAGCAACAAGAGUCACGCGCUGCAUCCUCACCAGAACCAGGAGCAGCAGAAGGCAGCAGCAGCGGCGGCAGCAGCGGCAGCAGCAGCAGCGGCAGCAGCAGCAACUGUUACAAGAUGACGGUGGAGGUAUUUACCCGCAAUGGCUUUGACAUGGCAGGCGCUGCAGCAGCAAUUGCUAGCAGUAGCAGCGGAGCCCCGAAGCGGCUGAAGCAGCGCAUAGCAGAGGAGUUGCGGGUGUCUUACCUGACCCAUAGCGGUGGGGCGAAUGACGGCAGCAGCAGCAGCAACGGCCACCACGGCAGCAGUGGCAGCAAGGCUGAAGACGACGCUGACGAUGCACAGAUCCUCGCCGAAUACAUUUUGCAUUUACUGCUACGUGAGAAGGCCCCGACGGACCGUCUUCUGGAGGAGUUGAAGGAGUUCCUAGGCCAGCCAGCUGAUGACUUCACACGGUGGCUCCAGCGGGAGCUGCAGCAACAAAGUGCUGCCUGCAGCAGCAGCAGCAGUGGGAGACACCGCAGCAGCAGCAGGUCAAAGCAUCUCAGCAGCAGCAGCAAGCACGGCAGCAGCAGUAGCAGUGCAAAGCACUCCAGUACGAGCGAUGGCACGUCGCGGGGAGGUAGCAGCAGCAGCAGCAGCAGCAAGCAGGGCAGCAGCAGCAGGCAUGGCAGCAGCAGCAGCAGCAGCAGCAGCAGCAGUCACAGAUACAGCAGCAGCACGCAGCACGAACCCUCCCGCGGGGAGGGCCGCGGCUCUCGAAGCGACAGUGGGGCACGACACACGAUCUCCCGUCGCCUCAUUCUGAUGCGUGCCGCAGAGCAGGCGGCCGUCAGUAGCCGCAGCGGCACCUCUGCGCAGCCCACGGCGUAUGAGAUGCAGCAGAUCAAACAACAGCAGCAGCUUAUGCAACAGCAGCAGCUGCUGCAGCAGCAACAGCAGCAGCUGCCGCUGAUGCCUGCAGCAGCGACGGCUCCAGCGGAUAUGCCUGUCCCCGAGUCUGCCCUGCAGCGCGCCCCGAAAGCGAUAUUGAAACCGAACCCCAGGUUUGUGGAGGCUUUCCUGGCUGCUGAGCAUGGGGCCGUAGCAGACAGCCCUUACCCAUUGCAUCCAGCUUCUGCUGCUGCUGCUCCAACAGCACACCCUAUGAUGCAACAGCAGCAUUCGCACCAACGGAUGCCGCUGCAGCAGCAGGAGCAGCAACCGCAGCAGCAGCAGUACGCCCCUAUGGCUGGGACGGGGGUUCCUCAGGCCAAGGUGCGACGUCGCUGUCUGCGGUGGCCGGACUGCCCGUUUGGCACGAAGUGCAACUACAUUCACCCGGCUAUUCGCUGCGCGAAUUUUCCGCGUUGUCCCUUCGGCUCUUCUUGCUUUUACGUGCAUCCGCCAGUGAAGUGUCGCUACGGGCAGAACUGCCAGAACCCAAGCUGCAACUUUAUGCAUCCGGAGCGACCUGGCUGGAUGGGUGAACUAGGGGAAGACGGACUUUUUAGAAACAAAGUGUGGACAAAGGACAGUCAGACUGGUGCACCGGCCGAAGCAGCAGCAACAAACUCCGGUGGGGGUGCCUCCACUGCUCAGCAGAAUGCUGCUGUUGCUGCCUUGAGCUUCACGCUGCCUUCCACGCCUCCUUCCCUGAAAAGGAGACAGGCAGCUCCGGAGCAGCAAGAGAUGGCGGCCUUAACCCUUCCCCCUGCAGCAGCAGAUGGCGACGCGGCAACCCCAGCUGAAGCGGGUACUGAUGCUGCUGCGGCGGCACCUGUUGCCGCUGCUGCUGCUGCCGCUGCUGCUGCUGCCGCUGCUGCUGCUGCCCCUGGUGCUGCUCCCGCGGAUGGGACGGAAGCCGGAGACAUUGAACUCGACGGAGACGCACCGGAUGCAGCGGCUAUGGCGGAGGAUGUCGCAGCCUCGGCAUAG